CUUUAAGGAGUACGUUCAUUGGCCUAUUACUUAAUAAGUUACUCAAUCUCAAAAAAUUCGGUUGACUCAAGGAUUCUUUUGGCUCGUUUUUCGAUUCAAGCGCUUUAGCUUUAGAGUAACGUCCCAAGUUGCAGGUGAACAGUCUACGAAAGGACGCGUUCCCAUUCGGAUCAGUUUCGAAUCCGAACCAAAAAAAGCAUAAUUAAAAAAAAAAUAAAAAUAGUGAUGGAUCUCGGUUUAAGAAUCGGUUUAAUUGUUAUAUAUUUCAUCCAAUGGAUUGUUAAAGUAAUUUAUACGAUAUUUUUCGACAACGAAAAGCGAACGAAAUUACCACCGUUCGAGGAUAAAUUAUUAGAAAUAAGUGCCACCGAAUUAGCGGAAAAAAUUCGAAAACAAGAAAUAUGCAGCGAAGAAAUAGUAAAAGCUUACAUAAAGCGUAUAAAAGAAGUAAAUCCGAUAAUAAAUGCAGUUGUGGAAGAAAGAUUUUCGGCGGCGGUCGCAGAAGCGAAAGAGAUCGAUAAUUUCUUGGAAAAGUCCCAAUUUCGUUUGGAAGAAAUCGCUAAAGAAAGACCACUUUUGGGAAUUCCCAUAACAAUAAAGGAAUGUAUUGCAGUGAAAGGAAUGAGCUUUACUGGGUUAUCUUUAACAAGAAAAGGAAUAAAAGCGGAGGAAGAUGCAGAUGCGGUUAAACUUCUUAAAAAAGCUGGGGCUGUUAUUUUAUUGGUUUCAAAUACACCUGAGUAUUGUAUGAGUAUGGAAUCUGCAAAUAAGAUUAUUGGAAAAACGAGGAAUCCUUAUAAUUCGAGAUGUACAGCUGGGGGAUCUUCUGGAGGAGAGGGAGCUUUAUUAGGAGCUGGUGCUUCUUUAAUAGGACUUGGAUCGGAUAUUGCUGGCUCAAUUCGUUUUCCAAGUGCUUAUAAUGGAGUUUUUGGACAUAAACCAACUACAAGAAUUGUUUCAAUAAAAGGAGGCUUUCCAUUUAGUUCCGAUAAAAGUUUCUCAGAUUACUUAGUAUUAGGCCCAAUGGCAAGAUACGUUCAAGAUUUAGCUUUAGUUUAUCGAGUUUUAGCCGCUGAUAACAUAAAAAAAUUAAACUUGGAUAAAAAGGUUGAUUUGAGCACACUCAAAGUGUUUUACAUGGUCGAUUCGUACUCAAACUUUGGUUAUCCAAAAAUGGAUAAGAACAUUCAAAGUGCUAUUAAAGAAGCAGCUCAAUUUUUAACGAAAAGUUGCCGAUCGGAGUUAGAUGAAACUAAAUUUGAUAUUUUUGGACACGCCAUGGAGCUUAGUGGUGCUUUAAUUUUUACUUUGGAUGAUAAUCCGAGUGCGCUUAAAGAUUCUGAGGUUAAAUAUAGCCUUCCAAUUGAAUUAGCGAAAUUUUUCUUGGGAAAAACAAUAUUUAGUGGACAAUUAUUGUUUUUUACGAUGUUGGCAAAAAUGCGAUUUGGCAUAACAGAUCAAAAAAAAGAUAUGUUUAUGAAAAUUGCUGAGGAGGAUAAAAAAAUACUUACGAAAGCCCUUGGUGAUAACGGCGUUUUAAUUAUGCCAAGUUGUGGAAAUCCAGCUUUUGAACACACUGGAUUCAUUAAAGCCAUGGUUGAUGCGAGAUUUAAUGGGAUUAUAAACGUUUUGGGAUUCCCAUCAACUUGUGUUCCGGCUAGAUUAAAUAAAGAUGGACUUCCUAUUGGCAUUCAGGUUGUGGCAGCACCACAUAAUGAUCAUUUAACUUUAGCUGUUGCUGCUGAGUUAUCUACUUAUUUUGGAGGAUGGCAACCACCAAAUUAAAUUAAACCUUUGUAUAUAAAAUUUUAUUUUUUAAUAAAUAAAUUUGCUUUAAAAGUU